CCGAUCCCCGCCCCUCUCAUAAAUACCUCCCCCUUCUUAAUCUUCACCGGCAAAAUCCAAACCCGAGGAGGAAUCCUGCCUUCUUCGGGCUCCACGAUGCCCCCUCCUUCCCCCGCACAUGACUUGUCCCCAUUCCCCGAUUCCCCUUCAAAAUCCCACCACCAAUCCCAAACCUCCAAAUCGCCACCUCUCCCUCCGCCGGCCAUGACAAUUGACCUCUCCGACGACCUGCAGAGCCUCAGCUUCGGCUCCCAGACCAUCUCCUCCAUCUCCACAACAUCCGGCUCCUCUUCCUCCUCCUCCUCCUCCUGCGAACCUCUCAAACCAUCCCCGAUCCCUUCCGGCGCCGACCCCUGCUUCGACGCGAUCCGCAGGCUCGCCGGCCCGGACGGCUCCAUCUCGAUCUCGGACCUCCGGUUCAUCCAUCGGCUCGGCAGUGGGGAUAUCGGGAGCGUGUAUUUGGCCGAGGUGAGGGGCGGCCGCGACGGCGGUGUGGUUGUGGCGGCGAAGGUGAUGGAUAAGAAGGAACUGAUCGGGAGGAAUAAAAGCGCUAGGGCCAAGACGGAGAGGGAGAUUCUUGAGAUGCUCGACCAUCCGUUUCUCCCGAAGCUGUAUGGAUGCGCUGAGAACGAGAAGGUGACUUCUCUUCUCACCGAGUUCUGCCCCGGCGGCGAUCUCCAUGUUCUCCGGCAGCGCCAGCCGGGUAAGCGGUUUGAUGAGCACGCUGUCAGGUGAGGGAGUUGCCAUACUCUCACUGGUUUAAACUUUCUAAUUUCGGUUCUGUAAUUAAUUAUCUAUUUUAGGUAUUUUUUUUCCAUUAAUUUCUUCGAGCAACUGUAGAACUGAUUUUAGAGAAAAAUUUGAACGUACGCUCGUGAGGGAAGUUAUUUAGAGA